UGGCUUAUAUUCAGCCGAAGUUAGUUCCAAAAGAAAACUACUAGAAAAGGCAUUUCCAUUCCCUCGCGAGGAGUAAGAGAGAGAGAGAAGAGAAUAAGGUGUCUCUUGGAUUGUCUCUCUCUUCAGUAUAGCAUCGUCUCUUUGCUUUCUCUUUCCAAACGUACGCAUAAGCUUAGGCUGGCAAACAAAAGAAAAGUAGUAGUAGUAGGUGGAAUUGAGCAAAGUGAGAAGACAAAGAUGGUGGUGUAAGUCGAUCGUGGUGGCCUCUCUCUCAUCAAAUAUAUUUCUUUCUUUUGCUUUCCAUUCUCUCAGAACUCCACCCCCCCCCCCCCCCCCCCUCUCUCUCUAGAAUUAACUCUCUCUCUCUAACCGUCUCAUUUUUUUCCCCCUCAUUGAAGAGUCCGCCUUGGGACAUGUUCUCUUUCAUGCAUUUUAUGUGUUGAGCAUUAAUUUUCUUUAUCCUCAUCAGCUCAUUUUCAACUCCCAUUUCUUUCUUUUUAUAACCCCAUUCAUCUCUCUCCUCUCUCUCUUUAUAUAUAUAUAUAUAUAUAUAUAUAUAUAUAUAUAUAAUCAUAUCAUCUACACAACAACAAUAUGGCCGUUCAAGCUCAAUACCCAUCAAAUGUUCUUUAUUCAAUUGGAAACGACUAUUCAUUACAACCACAACCAGGUGGAGGAGGAGGAGGAGGAGGAGGAUUUAAUGAUCAAUCCACAAUUUUAUUCAACAAUGGAGGGACUAAUUAUCGGAAGAGAGGAAGAGAAAUUGUGGCUAUGAAUCCAUUCUCUAUGCAAUUACCAGAGUCGUCUACACAACAGCUCAUAGAACUCAAUCAGCUUCACACGAACCAACCCAAUGUAGUCUCUACUGGUCUCAACCUCCGAUUAGCUUUCGGAGAUCAACAUCAACAACAACAACAAUUGCAGCAUCAACACCGUCAACAAACUCUCUCUCCUCAAUCAUCAUCAGUCGUAUCAUCACUCCUCUCACAAGAUAUGGAAACCCAAAUCAGAAAUCAGCGGAACGAAAUCGAACAUUUCAUUCAAACCCAGGGAGAGCAGAUGAGGCGCACUUUAGCGGAGAAGAGGCAGAGGCACUACGGUGCGCUGCUGAGCGCGGCGGAGGAAUCGUUGGCUCGGAGGCUGAGGGAGAAGGAGGCGGAGGUGGGGAGAGCGGCGCGGCGGAACGCGGAGCUGGAGGCGCGGGUGGCGCAGCUGAGCGCGGACGCGAGGGUGUGGGAGGCGAAGGCGAGGGCGGAGGCGGCGGCUGCGGCGGCACUGGAGGCCCAGCUGCAGCAGGCGAUGAUAAUGAGCGGCGGCGGCUGCGGGGGGCAGGAGGGGAUAGGUUGCUCCGGGGGCGUAGAGGGGCAGGGGGCGGAGGAUGCCGAGUCGGGGUACGUUGACCCGGACCGAGUGGUAGAGUGGGCUGGGCCGAGUUGCAAGGCGUGUCGGAAGCGAGUCGCCUCGGUGGUGGUUUUGCCGUGUCGGCAUCUUUGCCUCUGUACGGAAUGUGACGCCGUGAUUCAAACUUGCCCACGUUGUCUCUCCUUUAGAAACUCUAGUGUUCAAGUCUUUCUUUCCUAAUGGACCCGGGCCCAUGUUCUCAGUCCAGUUUCUGCCAAAACCAUGAGGUGUUGGCCCACUGGCCCAUGUAGAGCAUAACAAAGUUUGAAAGAAAAAAAAAAAAAACAAAUUGUGAAAACAAAAUAAGUAUAGAAGAAAAUUAAACAAAUUUGAAUAUAAUAAAAUCAUGUCACAUUUUUUUUUUCCCC